GCAGGUUUUAUUCUUGAGACAUAUAUUGACGGAAGACCUGAUAUAACUUCUAUUCUAGAUCGGGAGUCAUUGAAGACUGAUGAAAUGCUAGAUAAAUCCAUAAAGAAGCUAAAACCUAUUUCAGAUAUACUUGUAUAUCUGUCAGUUAAGCGUGCAGACUCUGCACUUAUUAAAUUUAUAAUAGCGUAUAGACAGAUGAAAAAUAUAUAUAAUAAUUCACAUUACAUAGGUGAGCUAAUAGAAGAAAACAUGUCUAAACAGGAAAAAAUACAUUUGUUGCAAUGUCUAACUAAAAACGGAUUGGCAAACCAAGUUACAAGUAUAGUAAAUAAAAUCAAGGAUACAAAAGAAAUCAAAAAAUCAAAUGAUGGCAUAACGAUGUGUUUGGCAUGUAUGGAUUACUAUACACUCUAUAUCACACAGCUAAUGCUUAUAAUAUGCCCAUACAAACAGGAAUUAAUCGCCAGAUAG